AGCUUUCAUCAGUAGUACUUUAGCUGAAGUAAAGGGCGCCUCUUAUGACUAAUGAGAUGGUCAGCAAAUACUGCCUUGACAUUACUCUCCACGCGCCACCUCCGUUCUCUUAUUCGGCAAUGCACGCGCCGUUCCGCUUUCGACGUCGGCAAGAAGCUGCACGCCACCAUCAUUACCAGCGGGGUUGCUGCCUCAGCAGACUCGUUCCUCUACAACGCCCUGCUCCAUCUUUAUGCGGCUUGUGGGAGUCCAAUUCAUGCACAGAGGGUGUUCGAUGAAAUUCCCAAGUCGCACAAAGACACUGUGGACUGGACUAUCAUGAUGGGGAGCCUUGCGCGGCACAGCAUGCAUCGAAAUGGGCUUGGUAUGUUUGUGGAAAUGAGAAGAGAGGGAGUGAGGGUCGACGAUGUUGCCGUGGUUUGCUUGAUGGGUGGGUGUGCUCGGUUGGGCAACAUUGAGGUUGGAGUGCAAGGACAUGGGUUCAUGGUGAAGGUGGGGUUGAGUUCUAGCGUCAAGGCGUGCAAUGCGGCUAUGGAUAUGUAUGUCAAGUGUAGGGAGUUGAGUAUGGCGAGAAGGGUUUUCGAUGAAAUGGGGGAGAGGAGUGUUGUGUCUUGGACUGUGAUUUUGGAUGGUGUGAUCAGAUGGGAAGGUGUGGGGAGUGGGAGAGUGGUGUUCGAUGCAAUGCCGGAGAGGAAUGAGGUUGCUUGGACGGUUAUCAUUGUUGGUUAUGUUAGUGUGGGGCUUGUUAGGGAAGGUUUUGCUCUUCUGCGAGAAAUGUUUUUGGGUUGUGGUUUUGGAUUGAAUUAUGUCACACUUUGUUCAAUUUUAUCGGCUUGUGCGCAAUCGGGAGAUGUGGUGACGGGCAGUUGGGUUCAUGCAUAUGCUUGUAAGACAGUGGGGAGUGAGAUGGAUGUUAUGGUAGGCACAGCUCUGGUUGACAUGUACGCCAAGUGUGGUAGAGUAGAUGCAGCGUUGAAAGUUUUUGAGCACUUGAAGUACAGGAAUGUAGUGACAUGGAAUGCUUUGCUAAGCGGGUUGGCAAUGCAUGGAAGAGGCAGAGCUGUUAUGAAGAUGUUUCCUCGAAUGCUGAUAGAGGCCAAGCCAGACGAUUUAACCUUCACUGCUAUGUUGAGUGCUUGCAGCCACUCGGGCCUUGUUGAACAGGGUCGCCAUUACUUUCAAAAUCUUGAACCAUUGUAUGGUGUAACGCCUAAGAUAGAGCAUUAUGCUUCUAUGGUGGAUCUUCUAGGUAGGGCUGGCCAUCUAGAAGAGGCUGAGACUUUGAUAAAGAUAAUGCCAAUGCCUCCGAAUGAGGUUGUUUUGGGUUCACUUAUUGGCUCAUGCAGUGUCCAUGGAAAGCUACAGUUAGGUGAGCGCAUUCUACAAGACCUGCUUCAAAUAGAUCCCCACAACACAGAGUAUCAUGUCCUUCUCUCAAACAUGUAUGCAUUGGGUGGAAAGCAGGACAGGGCUAAUUUUUUGAGGCAGGGUCUUAAGAAUAGGGGUAUAAGAAAGAUGCCUGGUAUGAGCUCAGUUUAUGUUAGUGGCCAAGUUCAUCAGUUCAGUGCUGGAGACAAGUCACACCCUCAGACGGCUGAGAUAUAUUCAAAACUGGAUGAGAUGAUACAAAAAUUGAGAGUGGCUGGUUAUGUACCAAAUACGGCUUGCCAAGUCUUCUCUGGUUUUGACAACAGAUAUGAGAGUGAUGCAGAAAAGCUGGAGGAGAUAGAGCAAGCAUUGUUCUGCCACAGUGAAAAGCUGGCAGUCUGUUUUGGGCUUAUAUCCACAAGAGCAGGUUCACCUCUUCAUAUAUUCAAGAAUCUACGCAUCUGCCAAGACUGUCAUUCUGCUAUGAAACUGGUCUCUCUUGUUUAUGAUCGAGAAAUCGUCAUCAGGGAUCGCAACCGUUUUCACUGUUUCAAACAAGGUUCUUGUUCGUGUUCUGAUUAUUGGUGACCGCAUUCUCCUAGUGUCUGCAAACUCUGCAUAGAUGAUAAAAGUGCCAUUUUAACAAAGGCCUUCACCAAUAUUUGUCAAACAAGUGAUUCCUAACUUCUGCAGUAGUGUCACUGUUAAGGAUCUGCAUCUAAAAGAUUGUAUCAUUUUGAGUUAUAAAGAUUUAAAUGCCAAUUCAUUAAAAAAAAUUGUGCCAACAUUACGUUUAUUUCUCGCAAACUUGGGAAAAUAAUAUAUCAUUACAUGUUACAGCAUGUUGACUGUA